AGAACUAAUGAUUAACAUACUUUUCAAAUCACUUUUACUUUUCAAGAUUUUCAAGUCAAUUUCUUGGCACAAGAAAGUUACACAACUUUCCCUUUAAGCUCCCUAAUAAUUCCUUUUAUAAUCUCAAUUUUUACAGCAGAUCCGAUUCGCAGACAUAACACAUUGCGGCGGCGGUUGAGAAGAACGGCAUGGUGAAAAUGGAAUCCACGGAAGAACAGGAUCGAAAGCUAGUUUUGGAGUUUUGCCACCUGCUCGAGAAGUCCAAGCAGCUCUUCAACGGGCUGAGUGUCAAUCACAGGGAUCUGCCACAGUAUGGCCAUCGACAGUGGCAAGCUUACUUCGGUCGCACCUUCGAUGUUUACACCAAAUUGUGGAAGUUCCAGCAGCAACAUCGCAUGGUGCUCGACUCCAAGUAUGGCCUAAAGCGAUGGCAGAUCGGCGAAAUAGCGAGCAAAAUUGGCCAGCUCUAUUAUCACUAUUACUUAAGAACCAGCGAAACGAACUACCUGAAUGAGGCGUAUCAGUUCUAUGCGGCCAUCCGGGGACGGGCCUACUAUUCGCGGGCGGCUAAGGAGGAUCGGCCUGAUUUGAUGGUGAAAAAGCUGCGAUACUAUGCCCGCUUCAUUGUCGUCUGCCUGCUGCUCAAGAAGAUGAAGCUGGUGCGCGAGCUGGUCACCGAGCUGGAGAAGCAAAUACAGGAAUUUCCCCGCAGUUACGAGCCGGAGGAUCAUUUGGAGUGGUCACUGGUGCUGGAGGAGAUCAAGGGCUUCAUCAAGGCUGAGGCGGCGGUGGCCGUCCUCCAUGCCGACUCCAAUCCCAUCAUACUGUCGCACAGUGGUUCCGGUUCUAGGUUGUCGCCGCUAACGACCCCGCCCUGCGAGCGCUCGCCGCACAUGACGCUCAGCCUGCAGGAGAUCCUGAUCGUGGGCUCCGCCUGCGAGCAGGCCAAGUUCUCUGAACUGACCAUGGACAUGUUCCGGAUGCUGCAGACGCUGGAGCGUGAGCCCACGGAAUCGGCCACGAAUCCGUUGAGUAUGGCUCAUGGCCUGCAUGGCCACGAUGCGAGUCCGGCGGCCAGCCGGAUACCGCCGUAUGGAGUGCCCGGUUCCAAGGGCUACAUGGAGAAUGGCCGUCACUUUCGAGACAAUCCCCACAAGUAUCUGCUGUACAAGCCAUCGAUAAGCCAGCUGCUGGUGUUCCUGGCCAGCGGCUUCAAGGAACUGCCGCUGGGCGGUGCCCUGCUUCUGUAUAUGUCGGCCGACGGUUGCUUCUCCACCACCAAACAUCCCGAGGAUUUUGGUUACGAGCUGGGCGGCUUGGCCACCAGCGUGAAGCGGGACAGCGUUGACGGCGGCGGAUUAUCCUGCCGCGGGAAAUCGUACAAGGAGAAUCACUGCCUAUAUCCCGGCGAUCUAUAUCCUUUCACACGCCGGCCCAUGUUCAUCAUCAUCGAUUCGGACAACUCGUUUGUCUUUCAGCACAUACCGCGCUACUUUGGCCAGCCGCUGGUGGUGCUCAUGUCGCCCCAGGAUGUGCCUCCCGCUUUCCAGGCUGAUGUCCAGCAUCAUGGGUCGCUGUUCACAUUGUUCCUGCACUCCCCGCUCACUGCCCUCUGCUACAUCUGCAAUGUCGGCGACGUGCCCAUCCAUCACUGGGAACGCUGCCAGACCUAUGUGGAUCGCUUCAUCACGGAAGCCUCGCGCCUGGUCACCCGGUGUCGCAUCGAUGAGAUCGAGCAGGGCAUAGGAUUUAUAGACUCCUCCUAUGUCCAGUUCUUUGGCGACGACUUCCUGCGCACCCUGAUCCUCCGCUUCGUCUUCUGUGAUGUGGUCCUGCGCCUGCACCGCGGCUUCCGGGGGCGACACAUGAGGCCGCGCUGUGAACCACCACUGCCGGCCAACGAGCUGCUGGAGCAUCCGUCGCUGUCGCACAUCAUCUUUCAGCUGGCCUCCGCCUUGGAUGUGCGGGGUCACUUCUCGGAGGGACCGGAGUGCGACUGAUGACUUUUUGUGGCCAUUGUCCUGGUCCUGAUCGUGGUGGCAGUGACGCUAACAGUCUGUUUGCGGCAGCACCUGUACCAGGUGAUCAUUAGCUGGUGCUGCCUCGAAAGGUGGAUGCUUUCGCUGUACAAUAUAUUUCCGCUGGGCUGGGCCUGAGAUGGGCGUCCAUGGGUUUCCUUUCCUUUUUUGGCAGUCUCCCAGCUGCCGGCAUAAUUCUUUUUAAUAACGUAAACGCAACGUAACUGCAUUAUAAUACGAAUAUAAAUAUAUAAA